AUGCUCCAUUCUAUUCUCCCCGCCAUCUAUGAAGUUUUCGUAAACCAUUAUCUAUCUAUCUAUCUAUCUAUCUAUCUAUCUAUCUAUCUAUCUAUCUAUUCUUUCCCAGUGCAUCAAACGCAUAUCUAUCUAUCUAUCUAUCUCUAUCUAUCUAUCCUAUCUACAAAUUCAAACGCAUAUUAUCUAUCUAAUCUAAAAAAUCUAUCUAUUCCGAAUUCAAUUAUCUAUCUAUCUAUCUAUCUAUCUAUCUAUCUAUCUUCUAUCUAUUAUUCUUUCCCAGUGCAUUCAAACGCAACAUCUAUCAUCUAUCUAUCUAUCACAGAAUCUUUCCCAGCAUUCAAACGCGCAAUCUAUCUAUUCAUUUAUCUUUGCACCAAAACUCAUUUAAAUAUCUAUUUUUCCAGUGCAUUCAAAGUUUUCGUAAACGCAUUAUCUAUAUCUAUCAUCUAUCUAUCCAAUCCAUCCAUCUAUCUAUCUAUCUAUCUAUCUAUCUAUCUAUUCUUUCCCAGUGCAUUCAAACGCAUAUCUAUCUAUCUAUCUAUCUAUCUAUCUAUCUAUCUAUCUAUCUAUCUAUCUAUCUAUCUAUCUAUUCUUUCCCAGUGCAUUCAAACGCAUAUCUAUCUAUCUAUCUAUCUAUCUAUCUAUCUAUCUAUCUAUCUAUCUAUCUAUAUUCAUUUCCCAGUGCAUUCAAACGCAUCUAUCUAUCUAUCUAUCUAUAUCUAUCUAUAUCUAUCUAUCUAUCUAUCCAUCUAUAUCUAUAUCUAUCAUCUAUCUAUUCUUCUAUCAUCCAUCUAUCUAUAUCCAUCUAUCUAUAUCUAUAUCCAUCUUUCCCAGUGCAUUCAAACGCAUAUCUAUCAUCAUCUAUCCAUUCAUCCAUCUAUCUAUCUAUCUAUCAUUCUUCCCAGUGCAUUCAAAUCAUAUCUAUCUAUCUAUCUAUCUAUCUAUCUAUCUAUCUAUCUAUUCUUUCCCAGUGCAUUCAAACGCAUAUCUAUCUAUCUAUCUAUCUAUCUAUCUAUCUAUCUAUUCUUUCCCAGUGCAUUCAAACGCAUAUCUAUCUAUCUAUCUAUCUAUCUAUCUAUCUAUCUAUCUCAUCUAUCUAUAUCUAUUCUUUCCCAGUGCAUUCUAUAUCCAUCUAUCUAUAGAUCUAUCUAUCUAUCAUCUAUCUAUAUUAAGUGCAUUCAAACGCAUAUCCAUCUAAUAAGGAUGCAUCGCACAUUCAUCCAUCCAUCUAUCCAUCCAUCUAUCCAUCUAUCGCUCAGUGCAUUCAAACGCAUAUCUAUCAUUCAUCUAUCUAUCUAUCUACAUCGAUCGGACUAUCUAUCCUAUCUAUCAUCUAUCUAUCUAUUCCCAGUGCAUUCAAACGCGAUCUAUCUAUCUAUCUAUCUAUCUAUCUAUCUAUCUAUCUAUCUAUCUAUUCUUUCCAGUGCAUUCAAACGCAUAUCUAUCUAUCUAUCUAUCUAUCUAUCUAUCUAUCUAGGCAUUCAAACGGGAGAGAGUCUGGAGAUAUCCGACAUCGACUGA